UUCCAGAAAUUUUUUUAGAAAAUAUGGCAUCUCUGGUGGUGACACGUUUCAAUCUGAUUCACAAAUCACAACACAACAUACCUGUGCACAAACCCUUGCAGUUAAACUACCAUGUCGUCUAUUGAAGAAUUAAAAUUGCAAAUCCAGCAUCUACAGGAUGCGUUAAACCAGGCUGAAUCUAAUAAAGUGCAACAUGCACGAGGAAAAAUUGAAAAGAUGUCUUCGGAGGUGAUUGAUUCCAACCCUUACAGUCGAUUAAUGGCUUUGCAACGAAUGGGAAUUGUUAAUGAAUACGAACGAAUUCGACAGAAAAGUGUAGCAAUAAUCGGUGUUGGAGGUGUCGGCAGUGUUACAGCGGAUAUGCUGACCCGAUGCGGAAUUGGAAAAUUAAUAUUGUUCGAUUACGAUAAAGUGGAACUAGCAAACAUGAAUCGAUUAUUUUUCACUCCUGACCAAGCUGGCCUUUCAAAGGUGGAUGCAGCAGCAAAAACUCUCAAUUUCAUUAAUCCAGACGUUAAAAUAUCCACACAUAAUUAUAAUAUAACAACGAUGGAGUCAUUUGAUUGUUUUCUAAACGCGAUUCGCAUAGGUGGUGUGGAAGACGGAAGAAUGGUCGAUUUGGUAUUGAGUUGUGUGGAUAAUUUUGAAGCACGCAUGGCUAUAAAUACAGCUUGCAAUGAACUCUCACUAAAUUGGUUCGAAUCGGGCGUUUCAGAAAAUGCUGUCUCUGGGCACAUUCAAUUCAUUCGACCAGGAGAAACGGCAUGUUUUGCGUGUGCACCCCCUCUGGUGGUUGCGGAAAAUAUAGACGAAAAAACAUUGAAACGAGAAGGCGUUUGUGCUGCAAGUUUACCAACGACGAUGGGAAUCGUAGCAGGAAUGUUAGUGCAGAAUACACUGAAAUAUUUGCUUAAUUUUGGAACUGUUUCGGACUAUCUGGGUUACAAUGCAUUAAUAGAUUUUUUCCCUAAAAUGAAUCUUAAACCGAACCCGACAUGUGAUGAUCGUUAUUGUAUCGAACGGCAGAAAGACUUUGCUAAACGACCUAUUGCUAUUAAAGAUGAAGCUAUUGAUUGCAAUGACGCACCAGUGCACGAAGAAAACCUCUACGGCAUUGAACUCUUAGAUGAAGACCACUCGGCAAAAGCAGAUUGCUCCAACCCAUCUACUAAUAUUACGACUGGUUUAAAAUUGGCUUAUGAAGCUCCAACUGAACAUCAUUCCACUUUAGACGCUAACGUGUCUGCAAAAGAUGACAGUAUUAGUUUAGAGGAUUUAAUGGCCCAGAUGAAAUCAAUAUAAAAGGGUAUAUUAUCAAAUAUGUAUGACUACGGAAUAUAAACUGGGUCUAUAUUUUCCAUAUUAAUAUUCUCAUUGU